AUCUACUUUUCUGAAAAAUUGAAAAUUUUUCUGUGAUGCUUUGUUUUGAUCGCUAGUCAUUUUGGCGGUUUGAGUAAAAUUUCAGGUCCAUCGUCAAAAUGGCUACUGGUUAUGAUGGAUUGACAUGUUAAUAUAAUUAUUAUGUGUUUGUUUAUUUAAGUAUUAUCUUUGAGUGUUUCUUCGUCAAAAUAAAGAGAAGAUGUUCAACUGACGUAACUACUAUGAACUGGAUGAACUCUUUUGAGCUCUAGACUACAUUAGCACACCUUCUGCUGUUCGAAAUGCUUAUUUAAGAUGUAUUUAUUCUGUUCUUAUUUAAGUCAGAUUUCCUAUGUGUCGCAAUAUUGUGAAAUUGGCCAAUGUGGGGGUGUUUUUGGAGGCAUACUGGUGAUUUGUGGUUCUAUCUUUAAUGGAAGAUGAAAUAAAAUUUUUUUCCGAUGCCUAGUUCUAGUUGUGUAGUCAAAUGAAACUCCCAUACCGUUUGAGGAAUAAGGCGUAUAUACGACAGUGGUCCCAAGCCAGCGCAGAAACAAUAUCACACUAUCAGAUGUUGGGGCAUGGAUUUCAAGAAAAGUUACAUUGGAAUUCCUCUAUGCGUUCUAUUCCCGUAUCUCUCCAAGCAAAAAAUCUAAGGACUGAUGCUGAUAUAAUAAGACAGGCCUUUUUUCAGCGGUUCCAGAAUCCAACAAUCUUUCUCAAGAUUUCUUGUGAUGGAGACUAUGUUCUGCCAAUUGUUGUAGGAAAAUUUGCUAUUGAAAAACUCUUGGAUGCUGAAGUGGAACAUGAAAAUGGGGAUUGCCCAGAUCAAUAUCGGUUCGUAAAAAAUCUUGUUGAAAGACUGGACCAUGAAGUUAUAAUGGUGCGAAUUACAAAGAGAGUGGUCAGUACUUACUUUGCUAGAUUGUACCUCAGCAAGGCUGGGAGAAGUGACGUUGUUAGUGUGGAUGCACGCCCCUCAGAUGCCAUUAAUGUUGCAAAUAGAUGCAAGGCUCCAAUAUAUGUAAGCAAACAAAUUGUUUUAACUGAUGCCAUUAGACUUGGUUACGGGAUGGGAAGAGUGCGUAAUAGAAAGUCUCCCUAUGAUGUAUUGCUUGACAGUCCUGCAGAUGGUCCUGAUUUGCUUGCCCAAGAACUAAGUAUGAUGCAAAAUAUGAAUAUAGCUGCAAAACUGGAAAGAUUUAAAGACGCAGCUGUAUGGAGAGACAGACUUGCAGAUCUCCGUAAAUCGGAGCAUGAACACUAACUAGCUUGUUAGGGUAUGUGCUAAGAAAGACCCCGAGGAAUGAGUUACGUAAAUGAGGGAAACUAGUCGAAUAAUGUGGUGUACAGCUCUGUAUGGAAGUCGUUGACGGUUGACCUCAAUUAACGUGGAUAAAUUGUGUUUAUAGUUGCCCUAGAUCUCCUAGAAAGAAGAUUGGUCUGUGCAUGCAUGGACAUGUAAUGACAAACGACGUUGUACCUUGUAUCCAAUUCUCAAAAUGAUCAAUGAGAAGAAAAGACAUGUCCAUGAUUUAAUAUAGAAACUGGGCUUGAACUUUUGCCAUUGCUCUCU